GGACAGACUAAAUCCAAUAUAGGAUUAACUAACCUUACACACAUGCAGAGAAGAAAAAUGGAUUGUUUAUUCAUUCUUCAAACACUCAGAGUUCCCCAAGGAUCAUGGGAAUUCCAAUAUGAAGUCUUAACUCCUGCUUGCCUCCAAACAUAUCCUCUUGGCUUUACAGCAAUGCAGUACAGCUGGAAGCUGGCAACAUUCUAAUUCCCAAGGAGUUUCUGUUUUAUUUUUUCACUUUCACUACAGGGAAAUUGACUUUCAUUGUGUCCUUACAAAGGACACAGUAGGGAGUGUCUUGUGUCAGUUAUCUGUCUGGGCAAAAGCAUCUGGCCUUGAGAAGAAACUGCCUGAACUGGGCCUGAAGAUAUUGCAACAUUAAUUUAUAGAAUCACUUUCUCCUACGAUGUCUGAUGAAGUGACCUAUGCAACGCUUAUGCUUCAGGAUUCUGCCAGAAUGAGAAGCAGGGAGGAUGGAAAUAACCUAGGAAAAGACGGACACCCAGCUCAAUCCUCCAUUUGGCGAGGAGCUGCCUUGAGCCUGAUAACCCUCUGCCUGAUGCUGGUGAUGGGACUGGUUACCUUGGGGAUGAUGUUUUUGCAGAUGUCUAAUGAUACUCACUCAGAUUCAGGGAAGUUGAGUCAACUUCAGAAGAUCAGCCACCCACAGCAAGAGAUUCUGUCUGACCCAGUGAACAGCUCCAGGGAGGGCUGCACAGAGAAAGCUCUCCAGUCCCAGAUCUCUGCGCUCCUGGAGAGGCAGGGCCAGAUGGCUAACAAGCUCUGCAAGGAAUUCCUCACCCACACUUCCGAACAUAAAUGCAAUCCUUGUCCCAAGACAUGGCAAUGGCAUGGAAACAGUUGCUAUUAUUUCACAAUCAACAAAGAGAAAUCCUGGUGGGACAGCAGAAAAGACUGUACAGACAAAAAUGCCACUCUGGUGAAGAUUGACAGCAUUGAAGAAAGGGAUUUUCUUCAGUUACAGCAAACACUCACAUUUUCUUUCUUUUGGCUGGGAUUGUCCUGGGACUCAACUAGCAAAAGCUGGCUGUGGGAGGAUGGUUCGUUUCUUUCUCCAGCCCUAUUUAGUGAUAAGGAGCACGCCAAAUUCAAUGGAUCCAGAGGGUGUGCUUAUUUUGAAAGAGGGAAUAUUUACAUUUCUCGCUGUAGUGCUGAAAUUUCUUGGAUUUGUGAGAAGACAGCCUCUCUGGUGAAGAUCGAAGAUUUGGAUUAAUCUGACUCUUCUAAAUUUAUCCAGAAGUAAGGGCCUCCUGCAAACUCAUGCAAGAAAGGAGGAAGUUAGAAU